AUGUUCGAGAUACUAUCCGCACGCUCCGACAUCGACCAUCCCAUUUGUGUAGAAUGUACCGAGCUCCUCAUAGACGGCCUACAGAAGCGACUGGGCGUGGCGACCCGCGAGCGUGACGCAUACGUCGACUACCUGCGCCGGGCCAAUACGGACGUGCCGAGCGCCGAAGAAGUCAAAGCCGCCGAAGCCGCACUCAAGGCCGCGAAGAAGGCCGAAAGUACUGCGAUCACCCAGCUCGAGAACCUGGAAGCGGAGAAGGCGGACCUAGAUGCCCAGCUGGCUGCCUUGGAAACCGAGGCUCGUAUACUAGAUCUGGAGGAGAGCGAGUUCUGGAAGAGUCGGAAUGCCUUCAACUCAACCUUGACCGAGUUCCAGAACGAGCGCGACGCUCUUGCCACGCGAUAUGCACAUGAUGCACAGAUACUGAGCCAGCUACAGAGGAGAAGCGUAUACAACGAUACCUUCAAUAUCACACAUGAUAACCACUUUGCCACAAUCAACGGUCUGCGUCUAGGCCGCUUACCCAACCCCUACGUCGACUGGCCCGAGAUCAACGCAGCAUGGGGCCAAACAUGCCUCCUCCUGGCUACUCUGGCUGAGCGGUUGGGCUACAAGUUCGAUGGCUACGAACUGUGCCCCAUGGGAUCGACAUCCACCAUAACACGUGUAGAAACAAAAGGCGGGGUACCGGGCACGGAAUCGACACGUCAACAAGCACAAUCUACCACCAGCACCAGCACCGCAGCAAACUCACCGCAAGUGUUAAAACACCGGCUAGAACUAUAUUCCUCGGGCGACUUCCCCAUAAACUUUGGUUUCUUACAUAGGAAGUUCGAUACCGCCAUGGUCGCUUUUCUGGAAUGCCUCCGCCAACUCGGCGAUUUUGUUGAGAACACGGCUCCCAACAACGCUGCUGCUGGAGGUAGCAUGGGUAUAGGGGGCCCUGGUAUCGGCGGGCCCGGUGGGGUCAAGAUGCCGUAUGAGAUACGCAAAGAUCGUAUUCAUGAUCAGAGUAUCAAGCUUGCUUUGAAUAAAGAUGAGGGCUGGACAAAGGCGUGCAAGUAUACCCUCACGUGCUGCAAGUACUUGCUUGCACAUGCGAACAAUGUUGAGAGUAUGGGGGCGAGAAGGAGGUAG